UUGAUUCUUAGGUGCGGAAUAGUCUGGCGAGACGAAGAUUUUCGACGUUCACAGCAGCGCGCCGACGAUGUUGUCUUAUUCCACACAAGAUGGUGUUACGUUGCAGUUAUGACAGCUCCAAGGGAUAUCAGAGCCUUAAUUUGUUACUUCAAGAUACUGAUUUUGACAUGGCAGUUAACAAGGAAAAAUUGGACACUACCUGAUAUAUUUCAUUAUGUUGUUAAGAGGCACCCAACAAAACCUUGUUUUUUAUUUCAAGAUGAAGUCUGGACUUUUCAAGAGGUGGAGGACUUCAGUUUACGUGUCACUGCUGUACUCAAAGCGAAUGGUAUAAAGAAAGGAAAUAUUGUCGGGCUUCUCAUGAACAACUGCCCACAAAUGCCAGCACUCUGGCUAGGCAAUGCCAGAUUAGGUGGCAUAACACCUCUUAUCAACACCAAUCUAAGGGGCAAUGCUUUAAUUCACUCAAUCAACAUUGCUAAAUGUGAUGUCCUAAUAUUUUCGGAAGAAUACCAGGCAGCUGUACAGGAUGUCGCAAAUCAACUAGAUCCUUCGCUUAAGCUUUUCAAAUUUUCACAUCGUCCUUUGAAGCCCUCGGAACCCGAGGCAAAGGGUAGUGGCGACGAGAUUGUUGACUUUACCUCGCUCUUGGAGUCCACACCUCCAGCGCCUUGGAGUUUGGCUACUGCUGACGGUUUCCAUGGCAAACUUCUGUACAUUUAUACGUCUGGAACCACUGGUCUCCCUAAGGCCGCUGUUAUUUCAAAUUCUCGGUACGUGUUUAUGGCCUCAGGGAUACACCAUAUGCGACUUAGUUCUACUGACGUAAUUUACUGCCCACUUCCGCUGUAUCACACAGCGGGUGGCGUUUUAAGUGUGGGUCAAGCACUAAUAUUUGGCUGUACGGUCGCAUUGAAGCCCAAAUUCUCCGCCUCACAAUAUUUCCCAGACUGCUUGAAGUUCAAGGCCACGGUAGCACACUAUAUUGGCGAGAUGUGUCGCUACGUACUUGCGACCCCGCCCUCCCCAGCCGACACGCAACACAGCGUGCGUGUUAUAUUCGGCAACGGCUUGAGGCCACAGAUUUGGACCGACUUCGUAAAGAGGUUUAAUAUCAAGCAUGUGGUCGAAUUUUAUGGCGCCACGGAAGGAAAUGCAAACAUAGCUAAUACCGAUGGUACACCGGGUGCCAUAGGUUUCGUCUCCCGAAUCCUGCCCAGUAUAUACCCCAUUGCUAUUUUAAAAGUAGAUCAAGAAACAGGAGAACCCAUUAGGGAUUCAAGGGGACUAUGUCAGUUGGCGAAACCGAACGAGCCAGGCGUGUUCAUCGGCAAAAUCUCACCCAACAACCCGACCCGCGAGUAUCUCGGCUACGUUGACAAGUCCGCCUCCGAAAAGAAGGUCGUCAGGGACGUAUUUAAGUUCGGUGAUUCAGCGUUUAUAUCUGGUGACAUUUUAGUAGCAGAUGAGUUCGGUUAUCUGUUUUUCCGCGAUCGAACUGGGGACACAUUCCGGUGGCGCGGUGAAAAUGUCAGCACUACAGAGGUGGAGGCCGCCAUUUCCAGGGUCGCCGACCACCGAGACGCCGUUGUCUAUGGUGUGCUGGUACCUAACACGGAGGGUCGUGCGGGCAUGUGCGGCAUCGUGGACGCUUCAGGCACGCUGGACCUGGAGCAACUGGCGCGCGACCUGGCGCGUGACCUGCCAGCAUACGCCCGCCCCGUCUUUAUACGCGUCAUGACUAGCGUCGACAUGACCGGUACAUUUAAAAUGAAGAAAAUUGACCUACAGAAGGAAGGCUUUGAUCCGAGUCUGGUAAAAAAUGAUAAAUUAUACUAUUUAGACCUGAAGCAAGGUCGCUAUCUGCCGCUAGGCGCAGAAGAAUACGAGAAAAUAUGCAACGGACAAAUAAGACUGUGA